AUAUUCUACCAUGAUGCGCGUUUACAGGCGUCUCUGAUAGUGUAUAGGGAAUAUAUAAGCUAAUAAUAGUUUAUUUUUAUAUCUACGAUCAUCGUUUAUUAUUCAAAAGUUUUAUAUGCAACUGUAAGAUGUCAUAAAUGGCCUGAUAACUUAAAUGUUACAUGCAAUCCUCAAGAUACAUGAUUAUUUUCUAGCGAAAUGCUUUUAUUUUCUAAAAAGCAACAUUUUUCCGGUUAUUUAUGAAGAUGGGAAGGAUUACAUGAUAAAAGCAUCCUCGUAGAAAUGGGAAAAAGGGAGUUGACAAUGGAGCCUGUUCAAGAGUGGGGUGAGGAGCACGAAAAUGGGGCGGUGUUUGGGAUCACCCUGCGCAGAGAGCCGGUCCAGCUGUCAGCCGAUCCCACAGAGGCUUUCGUUCAGUACCGAACAUGUAAAGUACGCAGGCUAAAAGCGGCCACGCUGGACAAGCUGGUCUCUCACCUUCUGGACCCCUGCUGUCAGGAGCAAGACUACGGCAGGAUACUGCUGUCCACGUAUCGCACCUUCACCAGCUCCAACAAACUCAUCGAGAUGCUCCUUCAGAGGGGCAACCUUGUCUCUGCGCUUGACGGCACCAAUUACCCUAACAGCUCCUUGUGGACUGUGCUUCAGAUGUGGUUGGAGGAGUACAGUGAUGAUUUGAGGGACGCUCCCAUGCACUCGUCACUGCGUCUCAUGUGCUUGCAGUUGAGAGGACACCCUGCUCUCUUCCUGCUGGCCAAGCGCUAUGAAACGCUCCUUAGGAAAUUCCAAGCUGAAGAUGUUGUGGCAGGUGGUCCAGUUGAUCAUCUAGAAGAAUCAGCUUUGAAUAAGGAGGAGAGAGACUUUGAGUCCGAUAACCUAAUGGAUUUCUUGAGUUUCUCCAUUACGGAUGUUGCCGAACAGCUCACACGAAUGGAUGCUGACCUGUUCAUGAAGGUGGUCCCUUUCCAAUGUCUGGGCUGUGUGUGGUCUCAACGGGACAAGAAAGAGAAUCUCUCACCCACUAUUUGGGCCACCAUCGCCCAGUUUAAUGCAGUCACCAACUGGGUCAUCACUUCUCUGCUUCGAUCCUCGUCUUCUGCCACACAAAGAGCCAAAAUCAUUGAAAAAUGGGUUCGGAUUGCACAGGGGUGCAGAGAGCUGAAGAACUUCUCUUCUCUUAAGGCCAUUUUAUCUGCCCUUCAGUCCAACCCCAUCUACAGACUAAGGAAAACGUGGGCUGCUCUCAGCAGAGAGGCCAUGUCUGUCUUUGAGAACCUGUGUGAAACAUUCCCUGAUGAGAACUGUGUUCUGACCAGCCGAGAAAUCUUUGUGGAUGAUGGGAGUCAAGCUGACAUGGAUAAUACUACCACAAAAACAUCCAAGAGAUGUCCUUUAACAAAACAGAUGCGCUCAGCUGGAGGGACAGUUCCAUAUCUGGGGACAUACCUUACAGUACUGACCAUGCUGGACACUGCCCUACCAGACACUGUGGAGGCUCUUUCCAGCUGCAGUCAGAACACUGAGGCUUUUCCCUCGUCUUCCUCUCCUGAUUCCUCCACCGUGUCUAGUUCGUCCUUCAGCUCUCAGCAGGACCUCAACCUGAAUCCAUCUUCCUCCUCUUCCUCUUCUUCAGCAUCAGCUGAUCCUCACCUGGUCUCCUCCCAUAAGCGCUCAGUCUCCAUGACCUCCCUGCCCUUCUACAACAGGCAGGUGGACGACUCCUGCAUCAUCAGGGUCAGCGUGGAGUUCUGCAACAAUGGCAACAUGUACAAGAGCAUACUGUUGACCAGUCAGGAUAAGAUGGCCCAGGUGAUCCAGAGAGCUCUGCAAAAACACAACCUGGAGGAUGUUAGUGAGCAGGACUUCACCCUCGUACAAGUUCUGGCCCAAGGCAGAGAGCUGCAUAUUCCAGAAAAGGCCAACGUAUAUUAUGCCAUGUCUACAUCAGCCAACUACGACUUUGUUCUACGUCGAUGCCCAAAAGGCCAACGGAAACAACUCAUUCGCUCUGUUUCACUGUCAUCAGGACGAGCCACAAAAUAACAGCAGAUUCAGCUCUGAUUCUGGAAAACCUUUUCUGCGCUUGCUGAAAACUGUCUAGUCAUUCAAACACAAAUGGAGAUGUCUGAGAUUGAAAACAAGUCAUUUUAAAGGAAAAAAAGACAUAUUUCUGGCCUACAUUUCACCUUGGGAGUUGAUGAAGACUUUGAGACGGCAUUUGCAAGCCGUUUGCUUAAGUAACAUGCACUAAUGAUGCAUGCAUGAUAAAACAUGAAGUAAGUAAAUAAAUAGCAUCAAUGAUGUUAACUGUAGAGCUCAAAUAUCAUGCGUUCAGUUUCAUGAAUUCAUAACCCAGGUGCUUUAAAUUGUUUUCAGUGACAAGAGACAGAUAACAGACUUCAUCUUCUUGAAUUCUUCACAUACAGUGCAGUGAUAAUGGGAUGAAGCAAAGUUUCUCAAUGACCUUCAGCUCUCAUUCUUUGACUGCCAUAAUGAGACAGUCUAGCCACAUACACUGUACGAUAAUGCGCUAACUUUGAAUAGAAACACAGUCAUACACCUAGAGGCCUGGGAUGAGACUUUUUUUAAAGGUAAGUGUCUGUAGAGACUGCCUGUGGAUAACACAUGAGUUCACAGUGUUCUUGAUUACAGCAUGAUGAUGGUGUGUGUGUGAGAAGACGAGCCACUCCAACAGGUGCAGUGGCAUUCCAGAGACACACUUUCACAUCCACUGUCAUGUGUGAUUGCAUUUACAUGUCAUUUGAUGAAUCCAUUUUUAAAAAAUAUCAUUUCUGAUUUAUUAUUGUAUGGUGUAGUGUGGCAGCUUUACUGAACAUUCAAUGGAUAUUUUUAUACCACGUCUUACUGUAUAUUCUCCUUUAUCAGCAUCAAAUUCAAGUAACUUGACUCUCCACAAUCAGUCUGCUUUGAUAAACUUUUACAAGCUCUUGCAUAGUAGAAAAGAAGACAAAUUAAA